UGCGUUUGCGCCGGCGGCCGCCAUGCGAGGCAACCCCGGGUUCAAUUGGACAGCCGCGGGUCUUUGACCCUGACAUCUUCAACAGGGCAAGGGUCGUCGGUCGAUGUAACUGCGUCUCUUCGCCGCCUCGCCUCGGCCAGCUGGUCCAAUGGCUUCCACUUCCUUCCUUGCUGCUUGUCCAGUUGGCCACCGCUUCCAGGGAUCCCUCAUGACACCACGUGAGUCCCUGAGUUGUCUCGGAAUGGACCUCCACCGGACGUCCUCUUUAUAACCUUGCCGGUCUCCCCUCGCUUCCCUCCCUCCUGGCUUCACCUAUUUUCUUCCCAACGACCUCGUCGACGACUCGUGAGGCACGCCGCCACACCGCCGAGACCGGAUUCGUAAUCGCCCUUCUGCCUGCGCCCGUUUCCGGCUUCUCCGUUCUUAGUCUAAUAAGCAACCGUCGAACCGUCUCUACUCGCCCUCAUCCCAAGCAACAUGCCCAAGAAGCUGCGGUGUCAAUUCGAGGACUGCAAGGCGGUCGCUCAGCGCAUCUCGGGAGAUUGCACCUUCUGCCAGGGGCACUUCUGCAGCAACCACCGUCUACUAGAAGACCACAAGUGCCAGAAUCUCGAAGACUGCAAGAGGGAAGCGUUCGAGCAGAACGCGAUGCAACUCAACAAGGAACGCACUCAGGUCAUCAAGACCGUGUAGACUUUCCCCGACGACCACGGUGGAUGGAUAACAACGGUGGACGGUCUUUGGCCAGACUCCCCGACUGCGCGAGAACGUCGUCCUGGGUCCACACCGGUGAUAGGCAACGACCUGAUGACGAUCUGCGGAGACCGAAUCCCCCGAACCUUAUUCCCGACACACUGCUCGCGACAUGCGGCUCGACAC